AACACUCUCACAGAGAAUUUCACAGUAGAAGCAGAACCAGCACAGCUGAAGCUCUCUAGAUCUUCCACACCGGACCGAAAACGACCCCGUUUUCAAACUCAGAGAGAGAAAUGGAGGCUCUGUACAGGCUCGAAGCUUGUGGAAUAGUGUAGGCUUAUCACUCCAGCUUCUCUCUCGCUUACUGUUACUCUCGCACUCGGACGUUUUUCAUGGAUUGCCGGAGAGUGAGAUCGGCGGCGUGGAGCUUGGAUCCGGAGAGGAAGAGCAGCGGCGGACUGAGGACGAAGCAGGCGGGGAGAGGAUCGUGCCGCGGGAGUUAGGCUCGAACGGAAAUUCUGAGUCGUACCCGGUGGUCUCUCCGGCGUGUAAUUGACAUUUCUACCCUCAGCUUUGGAAAUCUCGGUUUUGUAUUGGUGAUUGUAAUUUUGAAGCUUUUGAGAUAAUCAUGGGCGUUUUGCUCAAGGAAGCGCUUAAGAGGCUGUGCUCUGCUAAUAAUUGGGCUUAUGCCGUUUUCUGGAAAAUCGGCUGUCAAAACCCUAAUUUAAUAAUUUGGGAAGAAUCUCAUUACGAACCAUCACUAUCUUCUCGACAUACAAACACUGCUCGAACUGAGAGUGGUGAAUCACCAUUUGGAGAGUGGGAAGGAUGUUGGGCUUCCUCUAAUGUGUGUUCCUCUUCUCAUGACAAUCAGCCAGAGGAAAUCGUCUCUGCACUUCUUAACAAAAUGUUGUUGGAUAAACCAUUUACUAUAGUGGGUGAAGGAAUAGUUGGACGAGCUGCAUUUACGGGAAAUCAUCAGUGGAUUCUUUCAAGGAAUUACUCUAUAUAUGCCCAUCCGCCAGAGGUCCUAAAUGAGAUGCACCACCAAUUUUCCGCUGGAAUGCAGACAGUUGCAGUUAUUCCUGUUCUCCCUCACGGUGUUGUUCAGCUUGGUUCUAGUUUGGCUAUUAUGGAGAAUAUAGGAUUCAUUAAUGACGUCAGGAAUCUGAUCCUGCAACUUGGAUGUGUUCCUGGUGCUCUUUUAUCUGAAAUCUAUGAUGCAAAAAGUUCAGUUGAGAAAGCUGGGGUGCAGUAUAAUACAGGAAUGCUGACAACUGGCCAUCUAGGUGGACAUGCAACAAGCUCCAGUUAUAUGACUAGUAGCUACAAUCAUCAAAAUCAGUCAUCGUCUCAGGCUCCCAGGCUUGUUGGUCAACCUUCCCAUUCUAUUUUCCAAGAAAUUCAGAAGAUUUCUCAAGCUCCCAUUUCAACAUGUCAAACUCCUAACCUUACCCAAACUCUGUCUAAAAUUCCUGAUGAUCUUCAACAAACGCUGAUGAAGCCAAAGUUUUCUCGUGGAGGCGAACUAAGGAAUGGAGUUGGGGUUGCUGAAGUGAUCAACUCUAAUUCUGAGGCCUGGUUGAACCACCUUGCACCUUCUAAUUUAAGGUGUGGACUCAAAUACCCAUGUGGUUCUGUUCAAUCAGCUGCUAGUCAGGGCAGCUUAGAGUUGAUUUUAUCUGGUGGUAGCAUGUUUCCUAAUCUUAAUAGCAAAAUUGGUGCAUCAAAUAGUUUCAUCUCAAUAACAAAUGGAACUCUAAACCUGGAUCAGAGAAAAAGUUUGAUAACCACUCCAUUGCUCGAAGGAAGUCAAGCACAUGGUGAAUUGUAUACUCAUUUGAGGCCAACUUUAGUUACAAGAUCUCAUUCAGAGCCACAUGGGGCAGCCAACAUGAAUCUCUCUGGAACUUAUCUGCCUGGGGUUAAAUUUCAAAAGACUGAUUCAUUCCAAACAGACGGGGUUUCUUUAUCUAGUUUGGCAGAUCAAUCAGCUUCUCAGGACAUAAUUUCAAAAGGCUCUCAUUUUUCCAGGGAAGUGAAGUUUACUCAGAGUGAUAUGCCUCCAGUGGAGAAAAGGAUAGAAAAUAAAUUGUUUCAAGCCCUUGACAUCCCAUCUACUCAUCCACAUGAACAUGUGUCUUUGAGUGAUCACAUACCUCGGAGUUCUCAUGAUGGUCUUGUUAAUAUAAGUUGUACCGCCAGAUCUUUGAAUACUAAAAAUGAUGAUGUGUCUGCUCAAAUUUCAUCAGGGGAUGACUUGUUUGAUGUUUUGGGUGUGGAUUUCAAAAAUAAGUUGCUUAAUGGCAAUUGGACUAGUUUGCUGGCUGAUGAACCAGGUUCAAACAAAAGAGAUCUUGCUGAGAAUGCAGUGAUGUUUGCACAUGUGAAGGAUUUGGUCUCUGAUUGUUGUGCAGCAAGCGAAGGGAUAUCAAAUGGUAGCAUCUUCUCUGGGGCAGGUGCCGACCAUCUGUUAGAUGCUGUGGUCUCAAAGGGUCACUCAACUAUCAAGCAGAGCUCUGAUGAUAAUUUGUCUUGUAAAACAACAUUGACAAAAAUCAGUACCUCUUCCAUACCUAGUGGUUCUCCCACUUACGGACAGCUUAGUGUAUCUACUCAUGUGCCUGGGGAAACAUUGGACCUUCCUAAGGAUCUUGGAAAAGCAGGCUUGGUAGAGAUUAAUUCUUUCCUAUCUGGGAUUUGCAGAGAUGAUGCAGGAAACUGUUCACAAACUACAUCCAUAUAUGGAUCUCAAGUUAGUUCUUGGGUUGAAUCAGGCAAUAAAUCAAAGCAUGAGAGUAGUGUUUCAACUGCAUAUUCUAAGAAGCCUGAUCUAUUGGGGAAAUCAAAUCGCAAAAGGCUGAAACCUGGUGAGAAUCCUAGACCAAGACCAAAAGAUCGCCAGAUGAUUCAAGAUCGUGUGAAAGAGUUGCGAGAAAUUGUGCCAAAUGCAGCAAAAUGUAGCAUAGAUGCACUUCUUGAACGGACCAUCAAGCAUAUGCUUUUCCUGCAAAGUGUCACCAAGCAUGCUGAUAAGCUAAAACAAACAGGAAAGGCGAAGAUUAUUGGCAAAGAAACUGGACUUCAUUUAAAAGAUAACUUUGAUGGAAGGGCAACAUGGGCUUUUGAUGUUGGGUCACAAUCUAUGGUCUGCCCUAUCAUAGUUGAGGAUCUGGAUUCCCCUCGCCAGAUGCUUGUGGAGAUGCUUUGUGAAGAACACGGUUUCUUUUUAGAAAUUGCUGAUUUAAUUAGAGGUUUGGGCUUGACCAUCUUGAAGGGAAUGAUGGAAAAUCGGAAUGAUAAGAUAUGGGCGCGCUUUGCUGUAGAGGCAAAUAGAGACGUAACAAGGAUGGAGAUAUUUAUGUCACUUGUUCACCUUUUGGAGCAAACUGUAAAAGGCACUGUGCCAUCAGUCACUGCCAUCAAGAGAAUGGUCCAGCAUUCUUUCGCCCAAACAACGCCGAUACCUGCAACUGGUAGGCCUAUUGGUUUUCAAUGACACUUGUCAAGCACAAUUUGUUGAUCUGGACAUGCUGAUCUAAACAUGCAUCGCGUAGGGCUGGAAAGUUUGAGAUGAACUGUUAGCUCAAGUUUGCUGGUCUGGACAUGUUCAGAGCGAGCCAAGUUUUUGCUUGCCAUGACAAACAUGUAUUCUAGACUCAGGCUCUCUGGGGUUCUUACCUUCACUGAAGUCAUCUAGCACAAACCCUGAUUCCUGACUUUCUCACUGUUGGGGAGGGGGAGAUUUAUAUAAUUGAGGCCCCUCAAACAUUCUUCAUCUGCGUUUUCUUUUACCUAGAUAAGUACCAUAUAUUUGAAUUUUAGCCGUGUUUUCAUAGCCACAUGAUUGGGCACUCAGACUGUUUAUGUAGAGACUAGUGUGUGCCAUUUAGGGGGAUAUAGACUUUUACAAAUGUAUAGUGGUGAAAAGUUUCAUUCCUAGAGUGGGUGUAUGGAUUAUUUCUGGUUCAUCUGUAUUUCAUCCUUGCUAAUCUUGAUGUUUUAGUUUCAGCUUAA